GGCCUCACACUAAAACAUUCCACACUUAUAUUGGCCAUUACUAGCAGAAUAGCAAAACGUCUGCAAGCAGCACGUGUACACGUUAAUCUAGCUCGCUAGUAUGACAAAGGACGUGGCCAGUGGUGAUACACAGUCGCCGAUCAAGUUGAUAGAGCUGCUGCUUAAGCUAUCUUCGCCGGCAGCGUCUAGCAGGGUGAUCGGCAAGAACAAGCGUGUGCAGCUGCAGGCCGCCGGCGGCGCCUACGAGUGCCGGACGUGCGGCCGCCGGUUCGCCACGUUCCAGGCGCUGGGCGGCCACCGGACCAGCCACAAGCGGCCGCGGGUGCGCGCGCACGGCCUCGAUCUCCUGCUCGGCGCGCGCCCAGGCAAGGCCAGGGCCCCGAUGCAGCUGCACCGCUGCGGCACGUGCCGCCAUGCGUUCCCCACGGGGCAGGCGCUCGGCGGCCACAUGCGCCGCCACAGGCCGGCCGUGGCCGCCGCGACGUGGACGGAGACGGCCACGUCGUCGUCGACCUCGUGCCUGUCUGUGUCUGCUCAGCAUGACGAUGCCGAUUGGCCUACUUUAAUACAGUUUAUAUGAGGGAUUAGUGCUACUGUCUAUAAGUUAGCAUUGGUUGAUUUGUAGUGGUUUGCUUUGCUCUACUCUCGGGGAAUGCAUGCACUCUACUACACGGUAUAAAUGUUUAUUGUUAUACUCGCAAAAAAAAUAUCUAUUGUAGUGCCAAUACGCGCACAUGUGUGAUGUAAUAAUAAAUCAAAGAACUCAGUUUGAAAUCGCCUACAUCAGGUGAUCUAUUUCGCUUGGAGAUGUGCUUAAUAACAAAACAAACAAGCAUUUUCUCC